AUGAAGCUUGAUUCGUUUGAUGAUAAUAUAGGAAUCAGUUAUUUUGAUCCAUUUUCUCUUUUUGACAAUGUUAAGAAUGAAUUUUUAAAAUUAUUUCCACUAACUAAUGUUCGGUGGAAAUCACAGAACAAUCUAACUAGGACCAGAUUAGUCGAAAAUUUACCCAUCGAUAUAUAUUCAGAAGAUAAGUAUAAUAAAAUUAACGUAAAUGAUUCUGACAAUCCUAUCCAAAAUCAACCUUUAUUAAAAUUGAUUAUUGUUACAUGCCAAUCUGUUGAUGAAUAUAGAGCUAAGAUACGUCCUCUUUUAAGGGAAUGGUCAUUCAAUGAGUUAAAUCAAGUAGAAUCAGUAACUAAAUUACCAUUUAAACCAUUAAUUUUGUUUUACAGCAAUUCAAAAGUCAUUGAAUCGAAUUUAUUUACUUCAAUAAAUAUCCUCGAAAAGAUUAAGAAAGAUUUUCCAACCAGUGAAGUCUUGGAAUUAAAAUCUGUAUAUAAAUCACCAAAAGAUAAGCAAAUCUUUUGGACACAUUUACAAGAUAGUAUUAAGAAAUAUUUGUUGGACAUAUUUGAAAGAAGAUUGACGUUUUUAAAUGAAAGUUUAUCAAAACUUACAAAUGAUAAUAUCAAUAGUGCUAAUGGUGAUAAUAGUAAUAGCAGUACUAGCAGCAAUAAAAACCAGCAAUUGUAUCAAAAAUUGAGACUUCGAGAACAAAUAUUGAUUCUUUAUAUGCAAUUUAAAUUGAAAGAUGAAUGUCAAAGACAACUUGAUACAAUUAAGAUGGAAUUAAAUUCUUUCAUAGAAAAUACGACAGAAUAUGGUAAUCUUGAAUAUCCGUUCUCGUUUAAUAUAUCCUUCCUUUUAAGUGAUUUACUGAAAACAAAUACAUUAACUAAAUUUGAUUGUUAUAAACAUUUUCUCAUAUGGGAUUUGAAAUGCUACUCAAUGGAUAACAGUUUUAGCCCAAUUAGAAGAAUAUAUUACAGUACAAAACAGUUUCUCAGAAACAGUCAACUUUUAUUCCCAGAUAAUGCCAAUUUGAUACAAUUUAAAUAUUCAAUAAUAGAUACUUUGUUAAUAAGAUUUUUUCAAUUACCAUCUUCAUCACAUGCCUCUUCAACGGUGGAUAAAAAUGUUAUUGAAUGUAGAGCUGAUUUAUUAUUAAUGAAGCGUGAUUGUUGGCUGGAAGGUAUUUUGACAAUGACGAACUUCAAAAUGUUGUAUAAACAAUAUUCAAACACAAACAAGAUAAAUUUCGACAUUAUUGAUCAGGAUGUAUUGGAUGAUGAAAACAAGUUCCAUGAAGGCUUCAUACGUUUCAAUCAAGAAUUGAUUGGCUUGUACAAUCAAUGUGAUUCAAGGAGACAGAGAAUUGUGGAUAUUUUGUCUUUGGAAAUCGGUGUGGUAUAUUACCAACGGGGAGAUUACGAAAAUGCGAUCAUAUUAUUUUUAUCAUGUUAUGAAUACUAUAUUCAAUCGAACUGGAAAGUGAUUGGAUUACAAAUUUUGAAAAUGUUUGUAGAUUCAAUUGAAAAAUGUGGAGAAAAUAAUAUUAAAUCAUUGGAAUUCAACGGAUCUAAAGUAUCAUUAGAUGUAAUUCUGAGUCAUUCAUAUUUGAAUCUAUUGAAGCUAAGUGAUGAUCCGAGGGAAAGAAUUACUUUGUGGAAGAAAUUUAUUAAAUUGGGCGGUUCUCAACAUGGAACAACAACAACAGCAACUGUUGCUGCUGCUUCGAAUAAUAAUAAUAAUGAUAAUGAUAAUAAUGAUGAUACAAUGGAGAAUGUUUAUUCAAUGGAUGGAAUAAUUGGGUUUGAUGUUGGCAAGUAUGUAACUAUGGAACAACCGAAUCUAUAUUCUAUGAAAUUAUAUCUUACAGAUUUCAGCAUCCCUGAAACCGUAACAAUAGAUUCAAUUGAAUUAACUUUACAUAAAAGAAUCUCUAAACUGAACAAAGAGACGGUAACAUUCCAAAGACAAAACGUUGAAUUAGGUAAGGAAGUGGGGAACAAUAGAAAUGUAGUUCAAUUGAAUACCAAAAAAAUAAGUUUUGGUAAAUUUGAGGCAUUUCAAUUAAAGAUCAAAGUUGGUAAUAAAUUUUUGUUGCACAGGUAUAGUAAACAGGAUAGUAAACCUAUAUAUAUUGAGCCGAUCUUUGAUCAAAAUAAUGUAAGUGUAAAAAUUGAACAAGAAAGAUGCUUAAAAUUAGGUGAUAAUAGAUUAAACAUUGAAUUUUUCAAUCUUGACAAGGUAGGCACGUUCAUAUUAAAAGUGAUAAUUGAGAAGGAUGAUGAGAGUAUUAUCUACCCGAUAAGGUUCCAUGAAUCAGAUACAAGCGAUGUUACUUAUCUUAUUGAUUCAAAGGAUGAUUUGAUUGUUGAUUCCUCUUAUGGGUAUAUAACUGUACCAUAUUAUUUGCAAGAUUCUUUGACAACAGCCUUUUUCAUUAAAACUAUUUUCCAAUAUGAAAAGGUAGAUAAAACGGAGAAAAGUUUGAAGUCCACGGAGAUUUAUCAAGAGAUCAAUCAUCAUUUGGUACAAUGCUAUUUGCCGGUGUCUGUAUCUGUAGAAGAUAUCUUUAAGAACGAGAGGUUUUAUUUUAAGUUUUUAUUGAAUUCAUCUAUCAGAGAGGAACCAGUGAUGUUGUAUGACAGUGAGUUGAAUGGUGUUAGUACAGUGGAACAAGUCUCUGGAGGGAAAGUAACAGAAGAGGAUCCGUUAUUGGAUAAAUAUGAGAUUUUAGGGCGUUUAAGAGUUGAAGAGCCGAUAUUAUUGACAUCAUCCAACAAUGAUAGUUGUGUGAAUAGUUAUAGAAUAAUGACUAAAGGACCGAAUAAAUAUGAUCCAAGGGAUAUAUUUUAUUUACAUGUUAGAUAUAGUACAUUGAAGGAGGAAUUAGACAAUAUAUUAACCUAUCGAGUGUUAAACAAAGAAAAGAAUAGAGAUGGCGAUACAGAUAAAUGGAGAAUAUUUUGGGAAUUAAAUAUUUUACCGAGGUUGCAAUAUAAUUAUGAAAGAUAUUAUAGGGAAGGUAUAUUAAUAUUAGAGAAUGACUCGAUAAAUUUAAAUUUUAUUGAGAAUGAUCUAUUGAGAAGAAUAUGCAUGGAAGAUGAAACAAGAUCAAAAAUCGUUGGAUGUUUAAAAGGAUUGUGUGAUACAGGGUUCAAAAUGCUCGAAUACAAUAGCAGAGAGAAAAAUAAGAAUGAGAAUACAGUGGUACAAAGGGAAUUGAUAGUGCCAGUGGAGCUGCAAUCACCGAGACCGUUUUAUUUGAUUCAGUUUGAGAAGGAUACGUCUAGUGAUUCAAAUAUGUUACCACCUAAAGAAACGUAUGCUGUUGGUGAGAGUAUACCAUUCAAGAUCACCAUAACGGAUAUAAGUGACCAAUGGGAAGAAAGUCAGGAAGAACAGGAAGAAGAACAGAAGGAACCUGCCCUCUAUAUAUUCGAGAUAGCCUCAUCCAACGACUGGUUACUACAUGGUAAGAAACGGUUUGCCAUCAGAAGAGGCUCCACCCUACAAGCAGAAUCCACAUCAACGUCGUCAACAACAUCUGCCACAACAGAAGCGAAGGCAGUAGCAGUGACAGUGGUGAACGUGUCGUUGAUUCCACUGAGAACAGGCCAUCUGAACCUGCCGGGAAUACAAAUUACCAGCCAAGACGAAACGCAGCCGCUCAAGACGCACCAGCCGAACGAAAACGACACCAUCUUGGUUUUGUCACACGCCGGCGGUUAA